GUGUAGUUUCGUGCGCGCGGCCCACUAGCCAGCGAGUGUGAGGGAGGAUUUAGCUAGAAAUAGAAUUCUUUUUGCUUUACAUACUCGCGAAUAUCAUUCGAGAGCAUGAUGAGUGCUAAGAUGGUACAGAUGGUUCCUGAUUCCGGUCUGGACCGAAGGCAGCACCCGCGUCGCUGUCCACCUCGGCCACCCGCGCAUCCGAGUCGCCUGGCAGCUGCCAGUACGAAUCUGGAUCAAACGGUUAAAAUGACCGUAAUGUCAUCUAAAGGCAGACCUUCCCCACCAACUCAGAAACCCCACGAUAAUUUGGCACGAACGCAGGCUGCGAGCAGCACGAAGACGUACAACCGCUCGUCUGAACUAGACCGCACAUGCUUGAGCAACACUUGCCCCGCUCGAAAUUCUGCCAAGGAAAAUCAAUCCGCCCCGAUGGUCCGGGCAUUUUCACCCGCUCUCCGAACAAUGCUGCACCAGCGACCGGUCGCGACCAGUCGCUCCCCACCGCGAUUGCUAACCACUGCAACUACCGCAAUAACUGCUGCAGCGACCACUGGCAUCGCGAAACCGCAGCGCGGCCCACCGAGUUCUUGUUCUCUCAGUGUUACAGCCUCGCCGAGAAUUGUGCCCUCGUCCUUCCGCCGCGGAGGCUCUCCACUCCCGACCUGCCGACCGCUAAUCGCGCCGUCAAGUCCCCGCAUCGAAACAGGGUGGAACACGGCUCGGACGACGACGCGCGGAACUACAAUCUCCGCGAGCAGGGUGCUCCUGUCUUCGCCGCAGGCGAGCAACCCGCGGCCACCGGGAGCAGCAACUGCAGCUGGGGUAGUUUUCACGACGCGUCAAUCCUCUCGAAAGUCUGAGCCAAAGCAGGAUCCCCUUAUUCGGGCAUCACCUGCGAAGGAAGCGGAACGCGAGCCCGGGCGUGCAGCUCUUGCGGUUACUCCAACAACCGCAGCGCCUUCCCCAAUGGACGAUGAUGUUCUUGCCGGCGCCGACACUCUAGCCAGGUCCAACAAAAAACCUGUUGCGGUAGCGGAUGGCGAGGACGUGAGUAGCAAAGCUGAGCUGUGGGAGAAGAAGUGCCGUUGUUUGCAAAUCGAAAACUUUGCUUUGCGGAAAGAGGUGGAGUAUCUGAAAUCACGAAUUGUAUCGCUUUUGCAGGAACAGCGAGCUGCAGGCGAGUGAAGCAUGAAAAAGGGAUUCUAGAAUUCUGCAGGACGAACAAUCAUCCGAACUUUCUGUCGCCCCGCCCAGGUGCACCUCAGAGCAACGCAGAUGAUGAGUCACGCAAUUUCAGCCGUAAUUCGUAUUG